AUGGGGAUUCAGUCACUCACCAAACAUGUUCUCCCAUAUGCAGAAACGGUGGUGCUGGAUGGGAGCCCCAGUAAAACGGACUUGCCUCCCUGCGUCCGAUCAGUGGUCAUCGAUGGGCCAAGUCUGGUUUACCACGUCUAUUACAAAUUACUAGCAUGGUCAGAUUUAAUCUGUGAUAAAAUUGAUCCUCAGCCCACUUGCGAUCAAGUUAGUCGAGGUGUUGCUAGCUGUCUUCUGCAAUUAAAAGGCCGAGGUAUCAAGAUACAUGGCAUAUUUUUUGAUGGAGCACUGCCUAUCUCCAAACGGGGGGUCCGACUGGAUCGAAUCGAGAAGUCUAGGCAGCGAUUGGAACUAUCAAGACAAAGGACUUUCCCGUUGGCGCCGGAAGGCCGCCCCAAGCAGAAGUCUUUACAGCCAUUGCAGUUUUGGCAAAAUCGAAGUCUUCCAUCGCGACUGAGAAGGCUGCCAGAAAAUCCAUUUAUGGUCGCGGCUGUAUAUGAGGACCUAAAGCAGCGAUGGAGUACAAAGCAGAUGGCCAUAGACUUUCAAUUGAAUGCUCUUCAACUCCAGGGGGAGGAGUAUCCCUGGGCAGGAAUCACUGCAAUGGUCCCUGGUGAAGCUGAUUUUGAUUGUGCUCGAAUCUCAAAACUUACAGGGGCUGCGGUACUUACAGAUGAUUCGGAUUUGGUUGUUCAUGAUCUGGGGCCUCGCGGAGCAGUUGUACUUCUCAAAUCGCUACACUUGCUCGAUAGCACGCUGGAUCAAGUAUCGACAGAGAUUCGAGGUUUGAGGAUAUCCCUCAGUGGGCUUUCCAAUAGGCCAGGUAUUAAAGAUAUUCAGCGCUUCGCAUAUGAAUUAACACAAAACCCCCAACACGGACUGUCAGAUCUAGUGCGCCGAGCAAAUGAAGACCUAGGUACAUGUGAACGCACAUUGGACUACCAUAAAUUCAUCCAGGAAUACCAGGGAUGUCAGCACGACUUCGUCGACGACGACCAGCCACUUUCAUCUCAACAAAGAGUGAACGAUUUGACACUGGAUCCACGUGUGUCGGAACUAUUUUGGCAAUAUGAACGUCCCAAGAUCUACUGUCGGGGACAGAAUGUUCAACCGCAUGUCUACAUGGGAAUUUUGUCCGAAGAUCACUCAAGGCGAUGUGCGUGGGAACAGGGACGAAUGUAUCGAGCUCUUGGGUACUCCAUUCUCAAUCAGUCAUACCCCGAGCCGAGCCGAUUCCCCGUCAUCCAGGAGUUUGUACGCAGAGGUGGACGGAUUGUGGCUGAAGAAAUUACUCUUUGCGGAGCUAAGACAAUUGCCUCGGACUUGGAUAUUUUUCAUACCCGUCUCAAACUCGCGCAAACUGUUUUUGGGGAUAUGACACAACCCAGAUUCUGGGUGAUGUUUGCUAUUUCUGAGAUCUGGAGGAACUGUUCGAACCACGCAACGCUUCCUAACGCUGCAAACCUAGAACAUUUCCUCAAGCAUGGCUACACAACAGACCAGGCGGAGUGGAGUGAUCUCCACCUGGCUUCUCAGAUUCAGGCGGUGUUAUACUCGCUCCGUAUUCUCAAACAACUCCUGGGCGUCACAAAUGAUCUUCCCUGCAGCUGUCACCAGUCUAUUCUCUCUGGUCUCCCCCCUUUGCAUAUACUUCUAGGAUCGCGACAUGAGAUGACCCAAGAAUUUCUUGGUGAUGAUAUGGCCCACCGAUCGGUGUACCAGCUCAUCCAAACUUAUAGUUGA